UGCACACUGAACCAACUAGAUGAGACAAAACAUCAAAGUGUAGACAGAAUGGAUUUCCUCAAUUGGACGGAAGGAGCGUUUGACACGAACAGCAGCAGUUAUGCCUCAUUUGAGAUUGCCAGACUCCCUCCCAGUAAAAUCCUACUGACUAUAGUCCUUUCUGUAGUGACCAUCCUCACUACAUUCUUUAACUGCCUGGUGAUCACAGCUAUCGCCGUCACUCGCAAGCUGCACCACCCAGCCAACUACCUCAUCUGCUCAUUGGCAGUGACUGACUUACUGGUGGCUGUGCUGGUCAUGCCUUUCAGUAUCAUCUACAUCCAGAAGGAGAAAUGGGUCAUGGGUGAGGUGGUGUGUACUGUCUGGUUAAGUGUGGACAUCACUUGUUGCACAUGCUCCAUCCUACACCUUGCGACAAUUGCCAUUGACCGUUACAGGGCUAUUACCGAUGCUGUGGAGUAUUCUCGCAAGCGCACUGGAGCCAGGGCUGGUGCGAUGGUGGCAGUGGUCUGGCUUUUGUCCAUCCUCAUCUCCCUUCCUCCGCUGCUGUGGCGGCACUACAGCGAUGAUGCAGAACAUGAAGACCAGUGCAUUAUCAUCCACCAUCACAUGGCCUUCACUCUUUAUUCCACUCUCGGAGCGUUUUACAUUCCACUGCUGCUCAUUCUUAUUCUGUACUAUAAAAUCUACAAGGCUGCUCAGACACUUUAUAUGCGGAGGGAGGCUAGCAGGGCUAGCCGUCACUCAUGCAUGACCAAUGGGAGCAUGAUCCCUUCAUCCUACCCUCCUGGAGACAGUGAUGCUGAUUGUGGGCCUCAAAGUCCAGCUCCUAAUAGCCCGCAGGAAAAGUCUUUCUCUGAACCCUCGACUGAGGAAACGCCGCGCGAUCGUGUUCGGGUCUCAAGAAAGGCUUUUCAGAGCAAGUCACACAAACAGGAAUCAAGUACUGAGUCUCGUCGAAGCCAGUUCUACCAAGGACCUCGGAUCUCAGGCUCAAGGGAGCGAAAGGCAGCAUCAACAUUGGGACUGAUAAUAGGAGCCUUCGUCAUCUGCUGGCUACCAUUUUUUGUCAAGGAAGUGAUUGUCAACACAUGCAGUUCUUGUAAUACUUCCAUGGAAAUGGCUGACUUUCUUACAUGGUUGGGCUACCUUAACUCUCUGAUCAACCCGCUCAUCUACACCAUCUUUAAUGAAGACUUUAAAAAAGCCUUCAGAAGACUUAUUAGGUGCAGUCAUUACCUCUGA